UAUCGAUCAUGGCACACAUUGGGAUCAAAAAGCUAACCAGACAAGUGGAGAUCAAAUCGGACGGAGAUGUGUUUCAUGAACUUUUCAGGUCUAAACCUCACCACAUUUCCAACAUAGCACCUACUCACAUUCAGAAUGUCGAUCUUCACGAUGGUGAUUGGGGAUCGGUUGGUUCGAUCAUCUUCUGGAAUUACACUCAUGAUGGAAAGGAGAAGGUGGCAAAGGAUAUAAUUUUAGCAAUAGACGAGGAGAAAAAAUCAGUGACAUUUAAGAUCAUCGAGGGUGACCUAUUAGAGUUGUACAAGACAUGCAUCUUAACCGUCCACGUGGAACCCCAUGGAGAGAUAAGUUUGGUGACAUGGACUAUAGAAUAUGAAAAACUGACUGAGGAUGUAGAGGAUCCGACAUCCCUCUUGGACUUGUGUAUUGCCUUAACCAAGGACAUCGAAACAUAUCAUCUCGUUAAUUAA